CGCUUUAAAACCCCUUUUGAUUUACAGAACACCCUCUCCUCAAAAUCCAAUCCUUGAACCUCUUUCCAAAGAUCCCUUAACCUCUUUUAAAUUUUUUCUAUUAAUAAUCCCUUCAAAAAUCGACCUUUUUCUAAUUAAUUUCGUCUUGGACGAAUUGUUCACCCAACUUAAAUCUCCUUAAAAUCCAUUCCAUCCUGAAUCUUAAGGUAAGUAUUAAUGGACGGAGUUUUUUUAUUUUUCUCCAGAAUUUUGUAAAUGGGGCAAGUUCCCAUAUUAAUCACGUUUUCAUGGGGAAUGAGUAAAUCACGUUGGAUGGGGGAAAAUCGAUUGAGCUCCCAUAUUCCCCGUCUUUCCUCCCGAAAAAAAUAGAAACCCAACCCUUUCCUCUGCAUAACUCGAUGAUUGCCGGAAAUCAUCGGGCAUCACCGCAGUGGGAUCCCCUCCAACCCACUUGGUGGGUUGCUCGCCGCCGGAAGACGAGACACAAGGGAUAUCACCGGAGAUCGAGCCGACGAAGGCCACGUGGGAGGGAAGACGAAUAUAAGAUUCCGUGCGGUGGUUCUGGGCAUGCCAAGACGGCGGCUCCUGUGUCGGCAUCAAAUGACAGGGAGUUGGAAAUGGGAACGGACUCGCCUCCCGCCCGCCGGAUGGACUACUGGCUACCGAGGGAGAACUCGCCGGAGAUAAAGAAAAACAUGGAGGGCGGCGAUGACUCAUUUCUUACCACUCGUUGUCGUGAAGUGCAAACCUACAACUUCUAGUAGACAGCGACAUUGCCGUGAAGAUGUACCACUGAUCUGGUACAUAUACCAUUGAACUGAUACAUGUAUCACUAAAGUGGUAUAUGUACCACUGACCUGAUACAAAUACAAGUGCAAUUAUUCAAGUCAUACUUUCCACACCAAAAUGUGACCACCCACUUAGCUUGCAACGUUAGAUAUAUUGUACUUGUACCAUUAGCAAAAUCGAAACUCAUCCUAAAUGUUCCCAUUGCAGUGUUAAAUAUACUUUGGAGUGGUAC